AUGUUUGCUUAAAUGUUUGAAGAACAUCCAGAAAGUCCUGAUCUUAUUAUCCUAACCAUUUCAUUAUCUUAAGAUGUUCCUCCUUUUUACUCUGUGCAAUCAUUAAAUAAUUUAACAGUGUUACUUUUCCAAGCUCAUAUGAUAGACUUGGCUAAAAAGGUAGCAAAAUUUAACUUAAAAUACUUUGAAUAAGACAUACCAUAACUACAUAUUAUCUCACAUUUGAACCUAGCCAGAAUUUACUAUUUCUUGUAAGAUUUCAAAAAAUGUCUUUCAAUUACUGAAAAGGCCUUAAUUCAUUAUGAACCAUAUGUAAGGUUUAUAUUUUAAUUAGAUCAGAUUUUCAAAGAAAUAAAAAAUUCUUGCAAUCCUAAAGAUAUUGUUCUUCUUCUUAAUGGUUAUAUUUUCUAUGCAAAAACAGUGCAAAAUUUAUAAGUUCUUGGAUUUUGUUAAGAUUUAGAUUUUUAAUAAUUUUUUAUAAAUGGAGCCAAACUUGGUCGGAAGUAUUUGGGACCAUCACAUCACAUUACAAAGUUAUUUUUAUUUAGUGAAAGAGGAUCUAAUAUGAAAAAAAGUAUCAAUAAUUAUAUUCCAAUGGUAUCAAUUAAAAUGUAUAAUUUUAGAAAAAAACAUAUGGCAAAAUAUUGAAUACCUAAAAAGUUUGUUUCUAAGUUCACCAAUUAAUGAAGACAUUGAAGAAAGGAAAAGCUCCUCUAUUUAAAAAUCCAAGACACAUUGAAAGAUCAAUUAGUGAAGCAUAAGGAUUUAAGACUUUCAAACGUCCUGAUUCUGUCAAGCCCUAAUCAUAAAGACAUGAACUAAAUUAAUUGUAAAAAAUUUAACCAGCAAAUGUCUAAAAAGGAAGUUUUCGUAUCUAAUCUCCUAAGGUAUAUUAUUUUUAAAUUUAUUAGUUAAUUUAAAGCCAGUAAAUUUAACCUUAGAAUGAUCUUGAAUAAAUUAUAUAGAGAAAAAUAGACACUUUUAUGAAAUCUUAAAGUUAAAAGAAAUAAGAACCCAAAAUAGUUGAAUUGGAAAAAAAAAUUGAUGAAUUAACAAAAGAAAAUAAAAGAAUUUAAAAUUAAAGAAAGGAAAGAGAAAUUGAAGUUGAAGAAUUAAAAGAUAAAAUAACUUAGUUAAGUGCUGAGGCUUCAAAAAUUAAAUUCAGAUUAUAAGAACAAGAGACAGCAUAGGAAAAGAUGAAAUAAUAAUAAUAAUAAUAAUAAUAAUAAUAAUAAUAAUACUAAUUUUAAUAAUAAUAAUAAUAAUAAUAAUAAUAAUAAUAAUAAUAAUAAUAAUAAUAAUAAUAAUAAUAAUAAUAAUAAUAAUAAUAAUAAUAAUAACAAUAUUCCUAAGUUUCAACUUAAUAACAAUAAAGUUCUGAUUCCUAAGCUGCAAUAAUGUAAGAAAGAAUGAGCUUUGGUGUUGCUUCAAAUCAAUCUUAAAAGAUUCAAAAUUUAUCAAUAAAAAAAUAAGAAAGGUAAAGUACAAUUGAUAUUCAUAAUUUAAUUAAUGGAUUAGUAGAUACAGAUGAACCAAAGAUUAAUAGUAUAUCUAUGAUAAAUGAUACAGAUUUUACAUUAGAUUUGAAUUUAACAAUAUUAGAUUGUAAUAAAUUUUAAAAUUAAUUUAGAGAUGGAUCAAUCUAAAUAAUAUAGUAUAAAUUUAACAACAGAUCAAACAAUUGUGAAAAAGGCUUUGAUAGAUAAUGUAUUGUAUGAAAUAUCUUGUGGUGUUGUUUAGAAGAAUAAAGAAUUGUCUAUUAAGAUUUCUUUAAAUACCAAAUAAGAACAUUCAACUGCAAAAAUAGAAUAUGUUGAAUUAUCUAUAAUUAAAGAUCUUAUUUAGUUCAUAGAUUAUAAGAAUGUAUUACCUUAUACUUAACAACUGAAAUGCAUUACAACCUUUAAAUAAUUUAUUUAAUAUUUGAUAAUUCCAUUUAUUUCAAUAAAAGAAGAUGAAGGAGAAUAAAAAAUAUCAAUAUAUGCAUAGCCAUAAAGUUUAUUAAAUGAUUGUGAAAAGAUUUAAUUAUGCGAUGAAUAUUGCAUUCCAUUAUUGUAUCCAUUAGAGGAUGGAAUAUUUCGUGUGUUAUUAAAUACAAUUGCAAUAGAUUUAUAAUUUGAUUAAAGCUCUUUAGAUUAAUUUUUUGAUGUAUAUGGUUAAGAUGAUUAUGAAAGAGAGGAAGUUUAGGAAAUGAUAAGAAUGUAAGAUAAUUUAGAAAAAUCAAAUGAUACAGUGAAACCGAAACAUAAAGUUUACAACAUUAGAAGUUAUAUCGUGAAAAAUUAAUAAAAAUUAACUUAGUUCUUAUAAAAAUUAGUAAAUGAUUUAGAAGAACUAUUAUAUAGGAUUUUUAAUGUUCAAAAAUUUUCAUAAAUCAAUAAAAUAUUGAGUGGUACAUAAAUAACUAUGCCAAAUAAAAGUUAAGCCAAAGUUUAGAUGUGUUUAAUAAAAAUAUGGGACAAAAAUACUUUUUAAAGAAUUAUCUUUAUAGCUGAUAAUUCAAGAGAAUAAUGUUUUGAGCUAUUUUUAAGCAAUACAUUUGAGACUUAUGGUAAAAUUAGAAUUAAUAGUAGGUCCAAGAAAAUCAAAAGUAAAAGCAAUGGGUCAUACAUAAAUUUAAUAUGAUAAUGUAUGCUAGAAAUUAGGAUUAAAUGUUAGUAGUCUAGAUCAAGUAGAUUCUCCUCUAAUAUGUAAUAUUCUGUGCAAUUGUUAUACAUUACUGACAUUUACAAAAGAAUUGGAUGCAGAUGAUCAAGAAAGAUUUAAAGAAAAUGCCAUUUUGCAAGUUGAUUUAUCUUGUGAAUGCAAUUGCAGAAUGUUUUUGAGUAAACAUAAUAAUGAAGUUAGCAAACCAAAACAGUAUGUAUAAAAUACCACUUACAAUGUCUUAUUUGGGUAUCCAAGAUAAACCUAUAGGAAUUAGAGUAUAGAUUUAUGAUGUGCAUACAAAUACUGAACAAGGAAUGUUUUUAUCAAUAUCAAAGGAAACAUGGGAUAAACUAGAAAUAUAAGUUAAGGGAAAACAUUCAAGGAAAUAUACACUAUAGAAUAAGAUGAGUAGUGAAUAUCAUUUACCAUAAAUUUUACAGAAUGGAGGAUUUCAAGUGAUAAAAGAAAAACUUACAGUAGAAGAGAGCAAAACAUACAGAAUAAUACAUGGAAAACAUAUAUCUUUUGUCGAUAGAUUGGAAAAUGUCCUAAAUUCUUAUUCACUAUUAGAAUAUCUCAAUAAAAAGCUAUAAUCAUGA